AGCCGCGGCGGUGUCGGUGCCGGCGCUGCGUUGGUCGUCCGGAGCGGCGGCGUCCCCACCUUCCCUCCCCGGGGUGCAAAGCCCGUCGCCCCGCUCUCUCCAGCCCCCGCCGGGGCUCCUCCUCGGCAGCGCAGGGGGGUCGGCUUCUCUUCCCCACCCUCGCAAGGGCUUCCUGCCCCUUCUCCCCUUUGGUCCCCCCGUCUCCUUCCCCUUUGGGCACCAUGGCGACGGAGGAGCUAGAAAAAAUACUUCUCAACCUCCUGCAGCCUGAUAAUGCAGUCAUCCAACAGGCUACAGUACAGCUGAAAGAGGCCCUGAAGCAACCUUUGGCAUUGUCCCAUCUUUGCCAUGUGAUGUCGAGCUCUCAAAGUUCCCAGAUCCGGCAGUUUGCCGCAGUGCUGGUGAGAAGGCGCCUAACUCGGCACUGGAGGAAACUCGGCCGAUCCGACCAGGACAUGCUCAAGGCACUGGUCCUCUCCACCCUGCAGCAGGAAUCAGACCACAAAGUCUCCUUAAGCCUGGCACAGUUGGCGGCAGUCAUCCUGAAGUACGAGACGGUGGAGAAGUGGCCGCAGGUGUUCCAGCUCAUCCAGCACGGGGCACGGUCACGGGACCCCAUCCAGUGCCAGGUGGGGCUGCUGCUGCUGCACUGCGCGCUGGAAGCGGAUCCCGACGUCUUCUCUUCCCACUCCACGGAGCUGUUGCGCCUUUUCCACCAGACGCUCAACAGCCAGGACCAGCCGGCCGCCCUCUACUACUCCCUGCGUAGCCUCACCACCUUGGUGGCUGGGCUUGGCUCUGAUGAGAUGAAGCUGAUGUCUUCGUUGGUGCCCAAGAUAAUAUCGGCCAUCCGACAACUGAUGGUAGUCAGUGAGACCCAGGCGAGCGAAGCCAUGGAGGUUUUUGACGAACUAAUGGAGACGGAAGUGGGCAUCAUCGUGCAACAUUUCCCGGCAGUUUUUGGCUUCUGCCUGGAGGUGGCCUCCAAUCCAGCACUGGGCAACACCCUCCGAGUGAAGGCUCUGUCCUGCAUCAGCUUCUUCAUCAAAUUCAAAGGCAGGGCCAUCCUGAGGCACAAGCUUCUCUCGCCCACCCUGAAUGCCCUUUUCCCCAUCAUGAGCGCGGAGCCGCCCCCCGGCCAGAUGGACGCGGAGGACGAGCAGGCGGAGGAGGACAUGGAAGACCGGGCCGAAGUCCAGACGCCCAAGCACUACGCAGCCCAGGUGGUGGAUAUGUUAGCUCUGCACCUUCCCCCGGAGAAGCUCUUCCCCCACUUGACGCCCCUGAUGGAGCCAGCGCUUCUGAGCCCCAAUCCGUACCACCGCAAAGCCGGCCUCAUGUGCCUGGCAGUGCUGGCCGAAGGCUGCGGAGAUCACAUCCGGAAGAAGCACCUCAAGCCCAUGUUGCAGGUGGUGUGUCAGGCGCUGUCCGACGAGAACCAGGUGGUGCGCAACGCAGCGCUCUUUGCCUUGGGGCAGUUCUCGGAGAACCUGCAGCCGGACAUAGCAGAGUACGCGGAUGACAUAAUGCACCUCCUGCUGCGGUACCUGGAGGGUGUCCAUCCAGGCCACACCAGCCACCUGGCAAAGGCCUACUACGCCCUGGAGAACUUCGUGGAGAACCUCGAAGGGAAGAUCGAGCCGUACCUCCCCGCGUUGAUGGAAAGGAUGCUCACCACGCUGAGUUCCCCCAGCAGCCCCCGCACCAAGGAGCUCGCGAUCAGCGCCAUCGGAGCCAUCGCCCAGGCGGCUCGGCAGUCGCUGCUGCCCUAUUUCGAAACCAUCAUGAAGCACCUGAGGGAGUACCUGCUCACCAUCCGGGAGGAUCUCCGGCCCGUCCAGAUUCAGUCCACAGAGACUCUGUCUGUUCUCGCCAGUACCAUGCCCAAGGAAGCCUUCCUGCCCCUGGCGGAGGAAUGCUGCCAGCUCGGGCUGGACAUCUGCGAAAAAGUGGAUGAUUCGGAUUUGCGCAAGUGUGCGUACAGCCUCUUCGGCUCGCUUUCCUGUGUGAUGGAGGACUCCAUGGCCCCGUACCUGCCGCGCAUCACGACACUGUUGCUCUACACCAUCAAAUCCACCGAGGGCAUCGAGCCUCAGUUUGGGAGUGGAAACUCUUUCCUUUUGUUUGAUGAUGAAGAGGAGGAGGCUGAGGUGGAAGGAGAGGAGAGCUUAUCUGACGAUGAAGAAGAUGACAACUCAGAGCUCAUGGGGCUGAGCAUGGCGAACACCUUUAUGGAAGAAAAAGAGGACGCCUGCAUGGCUCUGGGAGAAAUUGCCACCAACGCCAGCACGGCCUUCCUGCCCUAUAUGGAGAACUGUUUCCAUGAGAUCCACAAGCUUCUGGAGUGCCCCCACAUUAGCGUGCGGAAAUCCGCCUUCGAGGCCCUGGGCAACUUCUGCAUCUCGCUGAGCACCCUCUGCAAGCGAGACCCGUCUGAGCCGCAGGCGUCUGGCCUCCAGAAGCUUCUGUCGCUGGUGCUCCCAGUUUACAUCAAAGGCAUCCGGCAGGACAAAGAGCGCCAGCUGGUGAUGGGUGUCUUGGAAAUGCUGGAAAAGGUGCUCAAGUCGUGUCAACAGCAGGCCCUCCAGGAACCCGGGCGGCUGGCGGAGCUGUGUCAGGUGAUCCGGGAGGUGCUGGAGAAGAAGACUGCCUGCCAAGAUACCAGUUUGGAUGAUGAUGAGGAGGAGGAGGAGGAUGAAGAAGAGGCGGAGUACGACCUGAUGCUGCUCGAGUACGCCGGAGAGGUGAUGCCUACGCUGGCCAAGGUCGCUGGGGGGGAAGCCUUUGCCCCCUACUUCGCCGGCUUCCUGCCCCAGUUCUUGAACAAGUUGAAACCCAGCUGCACCUGCGCAGAGAAAUCCUUUGCGGUGGGCGCCAUGGCCGAGACCAUCGACGCGCUGGGGCCCGCCUCGGCCCCCUUCGUGCCGCGCCUGCUGCCCGUGCUGAUGGGCGCGGCGCGGGACGCCGACAGGGAGGUGCGCAGCAACGCCAUCUACGGGCUGGGGGUGCUGGCGCAGCAGAGCGGGGCGGCCAUGCAUGAACAUUACCCCAAGCUGUUGGGGCUUUUUUCUAACGUCAUCUCCCAGGAGCGGAAAAACCGAGUGGCCGACAAUGUCUGCGGAGCCAUCGCCCGGAUGGUCAUGACCCAUCCCGAAGGGGUCCCCAUCGGACAGGUUUUUCCCGCCCUGAUCCGUAGCCUCCCACUCAAGGAGGACUUUGAGGAAUACAAGACGGUCUUCCAUUGCAUUAGCUUUAUCUACGAGCACGAUCCACAGCUGGUCUUGCAGCAGCUCGGAGAAAUCAUACCUAUCUGCAGCAGCGUCCUGAGCGGCAAGCACAUCCCAGCAGAGAGCCUCCAGGCUGUGACGAUGUUCCUGGGCAAGCUGUCCACCCGGUCCCCGGCCGAGUUCCAGACGGCGGUGGUCUCGCUGUCCCCGGAAGCCAGCAGCUCGAUCCACACGGCCCUGCGCUCUGCAUGAGGCAGCGGCCGCCGCGCUCCUCCACCGCCUGGCCAACUUGCGGGGACUCGCAGAGCACACGGCCUGCUGGUGCGCACCUUGUCCCGCCUGGGCGAGUCCUGUCCUUUCGUUUUCAGAUGGACUUCCUCCCGACCGGAAGCCCCACCACUCUGUUCUCCGUUCUCGUUGCCGGUCAGCUUCUUCUGGCUCACUGUGGUGCCCCGUGAUGUCCGUUUGGCUCUCGGUCACCACUGUGCAAGCUGGUUUGGGAUGUGUUUUACCGGGUUGCGUUGUUAAGCCUCUGAGUUGUUAAGCCUCUUCCUUGAAGAGUUGCCAUUCGCACACACACACACGCACGCCCCUCUGUGCCCUGCUGCAAAAGUGAGCGGAAUGUGCAUCUCUCUGUCCUGCCAUCUCACCGCCUCUCCGCCUCAGCUUCCUGAUAGCCAACGCUUUCCACCCACCAGGGAGCAGCCGGCGCAAAGGUUCACACCACCAAUUCCACGGGCAGAGGGCCAAGCCAAGCCAUGGCCUGCACCACUGACCCAGUGGGUUGCUUUUGGCAUGGGCCCACCUCCAGAGUCACUCCCUUCUUGAGUGGGAUCGCUUUAAACCCUCCUGCUGGGGCCAGGGAAAAGGGGCACUUGGAUGUCCUGCCGGGCUUGGCACCCGCAUCCAACCAGCCCACACCCCUGCACCUCCGAUUGGCCACUGGGGGGCGCCCUGCAGACGCGUCCAUUCUCUUGCGGCUGCGUUUGCUCCUGGGCGGAGCUGGAUCGCAUGACUCACAUCCAGGAAAAACAGAUGAACUCGCUGCUGCUUGGCCAUGACAGGAAGAGGGUGUGGUUUUUUGGCCUGUUUUUUUCUUCUGUUUUGCUGCUCCUCUAAACAGGAAGCCUUUCUCCGUUAUCUGGCUGAGAUGGCAUUUCGAAAGCUCAGGCAAGCGGAUGAGUCACGGCGAUAUCUUGUUUGUCGAUGCCAACGGGUCCUGGCCAUGUUGCACUACACAGUGUCCUUUCCUUCAGCCGGUGGGCGAAUAUAGGAAGGCUCGAUUUCUGUUACGAGAAGCUGGCCUGUUUACAUGCCGUGUUCUCACACUGCUCUCGGUUCAGAGGGUUCUCGCCAGCCGUUUUGUCCCGCUGCCUGCCUGCCUGCUUGCACGCAGCUCCAUUCGGUGGCUCUCCAAGGGGUUUGCCGGGGGGGUUCCGUCUCCUUCCCACUGUUGCCAAAGGAGGUGGCCGCAUUCGAGUGCGGCUGGCCUCCGGCUUGCUUUGGGAGCCAUUCUUCCCAAAGCCCGCUCUGCCUUCCCCCGUGCAUCUCCUGUAGGAACAGCUCGGGUUCUAUACAUUUAUUUGCCAAAGUUUAGUGGUCCGUGAAGAAGCCACUAAGAGACGACUAUUUUUUCAAGUGUGUGGCCCUCGUACGUUCUCAGCUGGUUCCUGGUGAGGAAGUAACACCCCAAUCAUCCACCGUGCUGACACACCCCAGUACUUUGUAUUUAAGAUUUUAACCUUCUGGGUUUGGUAUUUUUUGAAAGAAUGACUAUAUAAUGUAUCUUGUAAUAAAAAUGGUUGCCUCUGAA